AUGUUUUUUUUUGACAAUUCAAUUUAUGGUAAAAAUUCUUUUUCUAAACAAAUUAAAAUUGUUAAUGAAUUUGUACUUAAUUCUCCAAAUGAAGAUGAUUCAAUAUCAAUUGUUUUAUUAUCAAAAGGUGAAACAUCAUAUAAUAGUUCAUUUUAUCCAAUACCUACAUAUGAUUAUGGAGAGUUUUAUACGAGUUUAGCUGCUAUAUCUAAUCAACCACCAGCAAAAGACAACAUUUCAUAUUUUGUAUUAACAUCAGAUGUUGCUUCAAAAAAUAAUUUAAGUGAUGUUAAUUUAUAUACAAAAAAUCCAAUUUUAGUUUACUUUAUUGACUCAUAUAUUAAUCGAAUUGAAGAUACAAGAAAUAUAUUAAAUAUGAUAUCAGAAUUUUCUAAUACCACAGUUAAGGUUGUUUCAAUUAUUUUUGAUACAAUGAAAUUUUCAACUGCAACAUUUCUUACCAAAGAUUUUAGUUCUGUACAUUUAAGUACAGAUCAUAAAGAAACUUCUCAAUGGUUAUAUAAACAGUAUCAAAUUUCACAAUAG